GCUCCAAGAUGGCGGCGCCCAGUGUGGUAGGGCCGCCUACGAACGUGUUCCCAUUCCGCGAUGCCCGCGCCGCGCCGGAUCCGGUGCUGGAGGCCGGUCCGGUGGCGCACGGGCCACUGCCGGUGCCUCUGGUGCUGGACAACGGGUCGUUCCAGGCCCGCGCAGGCUGGGCAUGCCCCGGGCCGGACUCGGGCCCCGAGCCCCGGCUGCAGUUCCGCGCAGUGUGCGCCCGCGGGCGGGGCGGGGCUCGGGGCGGGGCGGGCCCGCAGGUAGGCAACGCGCUGGGCAGCCUGGAGCCGCUCCGCUGGAUGCUGCGAUCGCCCUUCGACCGCAACGUGCCGGUGAACCUGGAGCUGCAGGAGCUGCUGCUUGACUACAGCUUCCAGCAUCUGGGUGUCUCCUCACAGGGCUGUGUCGAUCAUCCCAUAGUUUUGACAGAAGCCGUGUGCAACCCACUGUAUUCACGACAGAUGAUGUCCGAGCUUCUCUUUGAGUGCUAUGGGAUUCCUACCGUUGCCUAUGGAAUAGACAGCCUCUUCAGCUUCUACCACAAUAAGCCAAAGAACUUGAUUUCCAGCGGGCUCAUCAUUUCAUCUGGAUACCAGUGUACACAUAUUUUACCCAUCUUAGAAGGGAGGUUGGAUGCUAAAAACUGCAAACGCAUCAACCUGGGAGGAAGCCAAGCAGCUGGCUACCUCCAGCGUCUCCUGCAGCUGAAGUAUCCUGGGCACCUGGCAGCCAUCACUCUCAGCCGCAUGGAGGAGAUCCUGCAUGAGCACAGCUACAUCGCUAAGGAUUAUGUGGAAGAAUUGCAGAAAUGGCGGUGCCCCGAUUACUAUGAGAACAAUGUCCACAAGAUGCAGCUCCCGUUUUCCAGCAAGCUCCUGGGCAGCACCCUGACCUCCGAGGAGAAGCAGGAGAGGCGGCAGCAGCAACUGCGGCGGCUGCAGGAGCUCAACGCGCGGCGGCGGGAGGAGAAGCUGCAGCUGGAUCAGGAGCGGCUGGACCGGCUGCUCUACGUGCAGGAGCUUCUAGAGGAUGGCCAGAUGGAUCAGUUUCACAAGGCCCUGAUAGAGCUGAACAUGGACUCCCCGGAAGAGCUGCAGUCCUACAUACAGAAGCUCAGUGCUGCAGUGGAGCAGGCGAAGCAGAAGAUCCUUCAAGCAGAAGUCAGCCUCGAGGUGGACGUGGUAGACAGCAAGCCAGAGACCCCUGACCUGGGGCAGCUCGAACCAUCUCUGGAAGACGUGGAAAACAUCAACGAUUUCGAGCCCUUGUUUUCGGAGGAAACGCCCGAAGUGGAGAAGCCAGUGACCACGGUCCAGCCCGUGUUUAACUUGGCAGCAUAUCAUCAGCUGUUUGUUGGGACAGAAAGAAUUCGAGCUCCAGAAAUUAUCUUCCAGCCGUCUCUCAUCGGGGAGGAGCAGGCCGGCGUAGCUGAGACCCUCCAGUACAUUCUGGACAGGUACCCAAAGGAUGUUCAGGAGUUGCUGGUUCAGAACGUUUUCCUCACUGGCGGGAACAUGAUGUAUCCUGGGAUGAAGGUCAGAAUCGAGAAGGAGCUGUUGGAGAUGAGACCCUUUCAGUCUUCCUUUCAGGUCCAGCUGGCCUCGAACCCAGUGCUGGACGCCUGGUAUGGUGCUCGCGACUGGGCCCUGGACCACCUGGACAAUGAGGACGUCUGGAUCACCAGGAAGGAAUAUGAAGAGAAGGGAGGGGGCUACCUCAAGGAGCACUGUGCUUCCAACGUGUACGUCCCCAUCCGCCUGCCCAAGCAGGCUUCGCGCUCCACAGAAGCCCAGGCAUCCGGCAAAGGCUCGGGGGCCAGCGGAGGCGGGGCCGGCGAGCAGGCGUAGCAGAGGGGCCCCUCCAGGGACCUUGGGCCACAUCGGCCAGUGUGACAGGACGGUGACUCUGCCAGCUGUGUCCAGCCCGAGUCUGCUGGGAACAUUUGGCUGCAAGAUGGAUUUCUCCUGGGGAGAACAGUUUAGCGCCACUGGGAGUUACCCUCUGCAACUGUGUUCUUUUGGGGGCGUUGGCGGUGAAGGGACUUUAGGUGGCCUGCUGUCUUUGCUGAGCCAUGGAUGAGCCGUGGCCUUCACUUCCCGCAGCAGUGAAUGAAGACAGGGUGGGGAAUGGAGGUGUACAGUCUGCACAGGCUUCCUUCUUACCACAUUUUAAAGCCUUUCUUGUUUUUUUUAAAAAAAUCCUUUAAAUUUUAUAUUGUCAGUAUAGGUAGUCUUCUAAAUUUAUUCCAAAAUUGUGUGAACGUCCAGCAGGUGGAGUUCUUUCACAUACAGGUAAAAAGGUAACAUUUGUAUCCUAAGAGCAAUCAACCACAAACUCUCAGGGGCUAGAAAUAUUUCCUUCCUUCUUCUGUUUCUGCUUAGAAAUAAGGAAAAGGGGGCCCAAAGAGGGGAACCGGAUAGUACAAAGUCACUCCGUUAGGGCCUGCCCGGUGCCCACUUCUGAAUGGGCAGGUGUGGGGCUAGUGGGCCGACUCUUGUUCGUACUUUCUUUGCUGGAAACUUUUCCACGAUGUGAGGCCUUCCUACAGUUUUUAAAACUUCUCUUCCUGUGAGUGUGUUGGCUGCUUAACUUUUCAGGUCUUUCCGAAGAGAGAAACAGACUGGAAAAGGUGAGCCGUGGAGCCUUUUCAGUUUAGCCACAACCUCACAUUCCCUGGACCUUUGCAGCCUCAUCAUAAACAG